ACCAAGUGAGCAUGGUUUUUGUUCACGAUGCGACAGACAAGAGGGAGCGGGAGAAAUCUCCGCCUCUCAGCAGACUUCAGAAAAAAAAGGCCGUCGCGGCGCUGUGAUGCCCCGCAAAUUGGCCCGCCGCCGUUCUCGGUGUAUUGACGAACGACGGUAUGUAUUGGCGUCGGGGACAGCAGUCUCUGACAGUCAGUUCGCAUGGCGGGCGCUGUUGUUGACGUAGCCGUGCCUUGUGCCUCUCACGCGAUUUACAGGUGAUUGAUGGACUGACUGAGAAAUAUAUCUUAUCGCUUCCAUCUCACCCAUCCUUCUCCUCCACGGCUUAGCUACCCCGCCGCCGUCACCAUGGCCCCCGCAAACGUCGUCCACCUGCCCAACGGCCAGAACAUCACCGUUACACCAGUCUUUGGCGGCCUCUUCUUCAAAUCAAACGAGUCGCUGAGCCUACACUCGCCCUUUCCGCCUGGCUGGACCAUUGUCCUGAAUUCAGAAGAGCAGGUCGAUGCCGAGGAACAAGAGCGACGGCAGCAAGAUGACGAAGAGGUCUCAUUUCCUCCACGCAAUGUCCACCGCUAUAGACGACCGACGCUCAAUGGCGACCACCUCUACAUCUCGUCGAUAUCGAACCCUAGCAGCAGCGAAUACAAGGCGGCGGCGUCGCCCACACGCCAGAUCGCCAUGAUGCUUUGGGCUACACUCUACUGGUACUUCCACCAGCCUGAGCCCACGCUGCAAGUCACCAAUGCCGUAUCGAAGAAUACCGCGCAUCCAGGAAAGCCAAGGGGCGCCUGGAGGAUCAACAUCAACAGGGAGGGCAUAUUCAAGGGCAAGGUCGUGCUGCCCAAGCUGGAGAGAAUGGGUCUGGUAGCGAGUGAAGACUCGACAGUAGGCUGCGCCCAAGAGGAAAACUCGCCCGAGGGCUGGACCAGGAUGUUUGUCAGUCGGAGGUCAUUCUGGCAGCUGGAUCCCAGAAUCUAUCUCUUUACCCUGUCCCCCUUGGCCAACUCGCCCUUCCCAUCAGGCUCGCCAUACCCAUCCCGACCGUCGUCACCCAUAGAUGGCACACCACCGAGGAAAGAACACCAGCUUGAUCAAGUAUCGCCGGGCUUGUGGUCACCUACAGCGCCGGGGCCGUUCCACUCAAGCUCCCACCUUCCUACAUACUAUCCGCCUCCGCCAGCGCAGUAUGUCUUCUCGAACAACGUCCGGCACCCAAUACGACCCAAACCACCGCGACAAGGCGAGAUCUUCUAUACGCGCUAUAUCCCCAGUGUCGGUCAAUAUCUCACCUUUCGAGUAGCUUCCUGUUCCUCGAAGCCGCUCCGACACCGAGGUCCCGUAGCGAAUCGCGUAUCCACACCCCACCGAAGCAGCCCUAGUACCGCUUCAGAUUCCACCAUCCCUACCAUGGGCUCGUUGAACUUGGACAUGUCCGAUUCCGAGUACCUGCACAAGUGGAUGAACGACCCCCGCGUGGCACAUUUCUGGGGCGAGGCUGGUCCGCAAUCACACCAAGAAGAGUUCCUUAAGAAUGGUCUUCGGUCUAAGAACUCGUUCCCGGUGAUUGGAUGCUGGGAUGGCAAGCCUUUUGGCUAUUUCGAGAUAUACUGGGUCAAGGAGGACAACGUGGGAAAAUACCUGCCUGUCGUGGGUGAGUAUGAUCGAGGCUUCCACUGCCUGAUUGGGGAACAGGAGUUCAGGGGUGCCCAUCGGGUGAAGAUCUGGUUGAGUGCAUUGGUGCACUAUUGCUGGCUAUCGGACAACCGGACGGAGAGGGUGAUGCUGGAGCCGCGAGUAGACAACGAGAAACUUGCGACUUAUCUUCAGGACGCCGGCUUCUACAAGGAGCGCGAAAUCAGUCUCCCACACAAGCAGAGCAACCUGUUCAAGAUCAACAGGGACGUUUGGAAAGGCCCGGCAUUGUAAUUCGUAGGAUAGUUUGUUCUAUGGAGUCGGGUCGAGAAGAUGUGCUCAGCUUUUGAAUUAGCGCAGUCUGUGGAGAAGCAGGUCUUUGAUACAAGCAGUCAAGACUUUUAGAUAUCAUUCAGACUAUCUAUGAAUCAUUGUGUUGAGAAUAAUAACACGAUUGUGUCGUGGUUACGCCGCACUAGCCUUGAACAUAGUCUAGACUCUUCACAGCCGACAUCGGGAAAGCACGGAAGUGAAAUUCCUUUGGCGCGAACCAUUGCCCUCAACCGCAUGUAUGAACAUGGUCCACCCGGGGCUUGUUUGACCGAAGGCUUGGGAU